CUGCCGGGGGGAAAAGGUAGGGUGGGGGGGUUAGGGGCACCGGGAGAAGAGAGGCGCAGUUCGGACAUCGGCACUCCUCCGCCCGGUUACAGGCGGUCCUGCCCCCGUGGCCGCCCGGAGCCGCCCAAGCCCUCCCAGACGGAGAGAAAGGAGGACGCGUUGCGCAAGGUGGAGGCAGACACCUGGGCGGGCGCUAGGACCCGGGCGGCGCACCUGUUGGCUGGACCCGGGGCCCCGCCCGCCCGGCCUCCGCCCCGAGUGCGGGACCGGCGGGGGCGAGGCGGGAGUGGCGGUGCCAGCGGAGGGCACCGGCCCGGCGUGGCAGCGGCGGCGGAGCGCGGCCCCGGGCACACCAUGGCAGAGCUGCUGCGGAGCCUGCAGGAUUCCCAGCUUGUCGCCCGCUUCCAGCGCCGCUGCGGGCUCUUCCCCGCUCCGGAUGAAGGCCCCCGGGAGAACGGCGCGGACCCCAGGGAGCGCGCGGCGCGAGUCCCCGGGGUCGAGCAUCUCCCCGCAGCCAACGGCAAGGGCGGCGAGGCCCCGGCCAACGGGCUGCGCAGAGCCGCGGCGCCGGAGGCUUAUGUACAGAAGUACGUCGUGAAGAAUUAUUUCUACUAUUACCUAUUCCAAUUUUCAGCUGCUUUGGGCCAAGAAGUGUUCUACAUCACUUUUCUUCCAUUCACUCACUGGAAUAUUGACCCUUAUUUAUCCAGAAGGUUGAUCAUCAUAUGGGUUUUGGUGAUGUAUAUUGGCCAAGUGGCCAAGGAUAUCUUGAAGUGGCCCCGUCCCUCUUCCCCUCCAGUUGUGAAACUGGAAAAGAGACUGAUUGCUGAAUAUGGAAUGCCGUCCACCCACGCCAUGGCGGCCACCGCCAUUGCCUUCACCCUCCUUAUCUCUACUAUGGACAGAUACCAGUAUCCAUUUGUAUUGGGACUGGUGAUGGCCGUGGUGUUUUCCACCUUGGUGUGUCUCAGCAGGCUCUACACUGGGAUGCAUACGGUCCUGGAUGUGCUGGGUGGCGUCCUGAUCACCGCACUCCUCAUCGUCCUCACCUACCCUGCCUGGACCUUCAUUGACUGCCUGGACUCGGCCAGCCCCCUCUUCCCCGUGUGUGUCAUAGUUGUGCCAUUCUUCCUGUGUUACAAUUACCCUGUUUCUGAUUACUACAGCCCAACUCGGGCGGACACCACCACCAUUCUGGCUGCCGGGGCUGGAGUGACCAUAGGAUUCUGGAUCAACCAUUUCUUCCAGCUUGUAUCCAAGCCCGCUGAAUCUCUCCCUGUUAUUCAGAACAUCCCACCGCUCACCACCUACAUGUUAGUUUUGGGUCUGACCAAAUUUGCAGUGGGAAUUGUGUUGAUCCUCUUGGUUCGUCAGCUUGUACAAAAUCUCUCGCUGCAAGUAUUAUACUCAUGGUUCAAGGUGGUCACCAGGAACAAGGAGGCCAGGCGGAGACUGGAGAUUGAAGUGCCUUACAAGUUUGUUACCUACACAUCUGUUGGCAUCUGCGCUACAACCUUUGUGCCGAUGCUUCACAGGUUUCUGGGAUUACCCUGAGUCUCAAACAGUUGGAAACUAGCCCACUGGACAUGAGAGCCAAGACAUAGGAAAGUUAUUGGUAGGCAAAUCUUGACAACUUAUUUUUCUUUAACAACAACAACAAAAAAGUCAUACGGCUGUCUUGCUACUACCAGAUAAAUGAUGCUGCUGUGUGAAAGGAAAAAUUGUCUCAUAGCGGUCAUUAGUCUGUAAUGGUUAUGCUACAGUUGAACCCAAGCUAAAAACCAUAAUCCAGAUCUUUAAAGGCACACCCCCACCCCGGCCCCUGCUCCUCUUUCUGUUGCAUGGACUUUGGACCUAGUCAUGGGCUGGCAGGAAUUGUGGCCUGGCUUAGGAAUGGCUAUGAGCCCCACUGGGUUCUGGAGAGCCAAUAGAGAUGGGGUGAUCUGGGAGGCUGGAGGUAGAGCCUUUCUUUUCCGUUACAACCUUGCCUAGCACGGAGUCUUAUUUCUAAAACGGGAACUUUGGUCUAGGAGAAGGGGUGGCACCAUACAAAACUGCAUUCCUUGGACAGGGUGACUUCCUUAUCGUUUAUUUGGUGUUUCUUUUGUUUUGUUUUGUUUGAGACAGGAUCUUGCUCUGUUUCCCAGGCUGUAGUACAGUGGCACAAUCUCAGCUCACUGCAAACUCUGCCUCCCAGGCUCAAGCGAUCCUCCUGCCUCAGCCAACUGAGUAGCUGGGACUGUAAGCAUAGACCACCAUGCCCAGCUAAUUUUUGUAGAGACAGGGUUUUGCCAUGUUGCCCAGGCAUGUCUCAAACACCUGGGCUUAAGUGAUCCACCCACCUCAGCCUCCCAAAGUGCUGGGAUUAUAGGCAUGAGCCACUGUGCCCGGCCUCCUCCUUGUUAUGAUCAAAUUAGACUGUGCCUGGUUGGGUGGUAAGAUCACUCUGAAAGAAAGCUCACUGUGAAGAGAUGAAAGGUGGAGGCAGAGCUCUGAGGUCAUGGGGAAAAGCCUGCUUUCCUUAUAAGUCCUGGUGUUCAUGUUGAAAUAAGGAUCUGCUCUCCUUGUUUCCAUGCAUUUUGCAGGAUUCCAGGUACCAUUACCACAUUCUUCUGACCCAUGAAACAAACUGGCUGCUCGCACGUCACCAAACAGGUCGGGGGGUUAGCCUUCAGCACAGGUGGAUACAUCUGGGAUUCACUGAGAUUCCUGCCCUCUCCUGCUUCCUACUGGUUUGGGACAGGCCCUCUGCCCAUCAUCAGCAGUUUUUUGCUUUCAUACAAACCUGGAAGGCACUGGCAUCUGCCUAGGAAAGUGGAUCCGUGAAGAACAGAUGAACUCAAUCCUUUCUGGAGCCUGACAAAGAAGGGAUAGGCUUCCUUGACAUUGCCUGGUCCUGACAAGGCCUCCCUGACAUUACUCCUCCAAUUUCACAGUUACCGUCUGUAAAUCUAUUUUCUCAUCUACUGAAUAGAAUCAGGCGCCCUUUUUGUCUUCCCACCUCUUAUCUCUUGGCAAUUUUAAGGGUAAUUAAUGCAAGAACAACUUUAUUGUCUCUUGGGAAAACAAGCCAACCAAAUACAAAACCCAUUAAGCCUACUAGGGUGAGUCCUCUUAACAUGGGAAAGCGAUGAUUAUGCAAACACCAGAGUUCCCUCCUCUUCAGUUCCUAAGAAUAAAGAACAGGUAUCAAGAACUUUCUUUAAAGUUAGUGUAACUAUAGUUAACAAAGUAUCCAUUGAGGUGUAGUGCCUGUAGGACUGAGCCAGUGCUUUAUCAACCCAACACAUCAUCACCAUGUGCAUACUCUGGAAAAAAAAAAUAGCUUCCUUAAAAGUUACAGAGGCUCUUAACGUGUUAAAACCGAAAAAUCACAUUUUUCUU